AUGGAUCUUUUUAGACGAGCCGCAAAGGCGACUUCGACGUCGCCGCAACUGCCCACCGCCGACGAGAAACCUACCACAAAGGCCGCUCGCCAGAACAGAUUGACCUCGCGACUUGCCUUCUUUAGAAGACCGCUGCGACUCCGCGGAAACUCGAGCAUCUCGGUGCCUCUCGGCGUCGUCAUCCUCUUUCCCUUGAUCGUCGUCAUCCUCAUCCUCGUGCUCUUCGUUAGACACCCGAGCUCGCCUGGAAGGAUAUUGAUGCCCGCGGGCGCUCCCCCUGCCAUCAGAAAAAUCAGCGAAGAACACGACAAGGUCUUCGUCACCGGAUGCCUCGAGCCCGAUACGAGCAGACCCAAGGCCAACGGUGCAUUUGUCGUUCUGGCCCGCAACCAGGAGUUAGAAGGCGUCAUUCAAUCCAUCAAGUCCAUUGAGCGUCACUUCAACCGCUGGUAUCACUACCCUUACGUCUUCCUGAACGAUGGUGAUUUCAACGAGACCUUCAAGGAGGUUGUCACCAACUACACGUCUGCUCCCGUCGAGUUUGGCAAGGUCGGUCCUGAGAUGUGGGGUUACCCCGACUGGAUCGACCAUAAGGUUGCCAAGGAGGGCAUCGCGAAGCAGGGUGACGCCGCUGUCAUGUACGGUGGCUUGGAGAGCUACCACGCCAUGUGCCGCUUCUACUCUGGUUUCUUCUACAAGCACGAGCUCCUCGCCAAGUACAACUGGUACUGGCGUCUCGAGCCCGAGAUCAAGUACUUCUGCGACAUCACCUAUGAUCCUUUCUGGGCCAUGAUCGAUGCCAACAAGACUUACGGUUUCACCAUCGCUGUCAAGGAACUUCGCGAGACUGUCCCCAACAUCUUCAGAUAUGCUUCCGCCUACAAGCGCCUCAAGGGCCUCAAGUCCAAGGGCUUGUGGGAGAUGUUCGUCGACCCCGUCGAGAAGAAGGAAGAGCCUGUCACCGACCAGUCUCCUCUGCCCGAAGAAGUUCUGCGUGCGGACCCCAACCGCAACAACCUGCCCGACAUCGACCCCGAGGCCAUGGAAGGCGAGUCGUACAACAUGUGUCAUUUCUGGUCCAACUUCGAAAUUGCCAGCCUUGAUUGGUUCCGCGGCAAAGAGUACGAAGAGUUCUUCGAGAUGAUGGACCGCAGUGGAGGCUUCUGGAUGGAACGCUGGGGUGAUGCCCCCAUCCACUCCUUGGCAGCCGGCGCCCUCCUCUCCCCUCGCGACAUCCACUACUUCCGUGACUUUGGAUACCGACACACCACUAUCCAGCACUGCCCCGCUAAUGCGCCGGCCCGACAGCUGCCCAGACAGCCCUACCUCGAAACGACAACCCUCGACGAAAAGAAGCGUAUCGAGGAAGACAAGUACUGGGAAAACUGGGACGCUGAGAAGGAGAACGGUGUCGGAUGCAGAUGCCGCUGCGACACGGACAUUGUCGAUGUCGAGGGCAAGGAGGGAUCGUGCCUUGCUGAAUGGGUCGAUGUUGCCGGUGGAUGGGCCAGCCCGUAA